GCGAGACGUCGCGUUUUAGCGAAUGAAACUGUUCACUCCGGGAUCCAUGCGUUUUAUCGGCGUGUCACCCACCCAGGAUAAAUACGGAUGAAUAUGCCUGAUCCACCCAUACCGACACUAUUUCGGGGACAAAAUUCUAAACUUUCGAAACCGUACCGGACGCAAAAAUCUGGAAGGGAAAUCCCACUUAUUUUGAUGUUUAUACCAAUUUCAGUAUUAGUUCGGGUAGCGAACUGUUGCAGGCACCCCGAACCGGCGCCGUUCCCCACUCCGUGUUUUGCUGCCGCCCGCGGAUGGAUACGUUCCUGCACUGCGCGGCGCUCAGGUCGAGCCGAUAGGGCGACGGCGGGACGGAAAGCGAAAAGAAAAAAGAGAGGGAUAGCGAAGGUGGAAAGCGAGCCCCGGACCAGCGCAAAAUAUACCGAAUCGACACUCCGCUCAGCUGGGUCAACGUGAACUGGGACCCCCGCAAAAGAGGGACAGGCCGGAGAUCGCGCGAAGUAGCAGCAGACGGCCGAGCUCCGCCAGCGGUAUCCAUCUUGCUUCAUCGGCCGGUGUCCGCCUCACGUGUCCCGGACGGCCUCUCUCACAUGACCCGAGUGUUUGUCCCCGUGAUCGGCGCCUCCAUCCCCCGUCUCCGCAUCCCUCGGCCCCGCGCUCUGUACCGCCACCCCCAUGGAUAUGCUGGAGCAGAGUCUGGACGCUGCUGCGAGUCACGAAAAACAGGAGGAGGAGGUUGUUCAGAUUUCUGAAGGAGACAGUGCCGGGGGUGGAGAACAGGCCGCGGUAACCAUAGCAAGUGUUCAGCCAGCCGCCUUCGGGGAUCACAACAUUCAGUACCAGUUUCGCACAGAGAACAGCGGCGGGCAGGUGACGUACCGCGUCGUCCAGGUGACGGAUCCGCAGCUGGAGACGGGGGAUGACGGAGGCGGGGCGGUCAGUGUCGUGUCCACCGCCGCCUUCGCUGGGAACCCGCAGGCGGUCGCGCAGGCAGUGAUCCAGAACCCCUUCAGUAAUGGCGGCAGCCCCGUGGGGGAGUCGGUGGCCGGUGAGACGCGCUUUGCCUAUUUUCCUGCCGCCACGGUGAGCGACGGGACGGCCACCGCUGUGUCGGUACAGGCCACCUCCGACCCAAGUCUCACGCAGGCAGGGGGCCAGUUCUAUGUGAUGAUGACCCCCCCUGACGUCCUGCAGUCCGGCACACCCCGGACCAUCGCGCCACGCACGCACCCUUACUCCACAGUGGAAAACAGACCAGUGCAACAUGACAGUUUAAACUGGAAGAUCGACGGUCCACGCACACCGAGAGAUGAGAGGAGGCGGGCACAACACAAUGAAGUGGAGAGGCGGAGGCGAGAUAAAAUCAACAACUGGAUUGUGACCCUCUCAAAAAUUAUACCCGACUGCACUAUGGACAGCAGCAAGACUGGAGCGGUGAGCCGUCCUGCCAGCGAUGGGAGGGACGAGGCCUCCAGAGCUGAGAGCAAGGGCGGCAUCCUGUCCAAGGCCUGCGAUUACAUCCGGGAGCUCAGACAGAACAACCAGCGGCUACAUGAGAGCUACAAGGAGGUGGAGCGGGUCCAGGUGGACAACGAGCUCCUCCGGCAGCAGAUCGAGGAGCUGAAGAACGAGAAUGCCCUCCUGAGGGCUCAGAUGCAGCAGCACGGCAUCGAGGGGGUGGGGGAGUCGGCGCCACAGUGAGGCAGGGGCGUGGGCCUGGGGGCGGAGCCAAGGGGAGCUGCAGGGCGCGAGGAAGGACUGCUGAGAAGGCACCUCGCUGGCUGCCUCCCUCUCUCUGCAGGCUGGGGCUGGAAUCCUCCGGAGGACAUGGGGCGGCCUGAGCCAGCUCUGCCCGGGGCCCCCUGCUCAUUAAGCCUGCCUCGGACCCUGAUGAUGAAUGUCCUGCGGAGAGCCCUGCCGCCUCUGGAGGGUUUAUUUCCUGCCCUUUGUCUCUCCUUUUUUUUUUUUUCUUUUGUUCUCAGUUUUACUUUUGCAUCUUUUUUUAUGACGUUUCUUACUGCUGUUCAUGUCACUAUUUGGCCCUUUGUUUGGGUUAAUUUAUUAGCUUUUUAGGCGAACGCAAGUGGGGAAGAGAGGGGCAUAGAAACUGAUGUGGCACCAGGUCGCGCGGUCUGGGCUGAGCGGACCCUGCCGGUCCCCGAGACGGGGGCCUUCCUCUCCUUAGGGACUGGCAUAGUUCUCACAGAUGGAUUCGCAAUAAAGCAUCACGCUGUAGCGCUCGGAUAACUCAUGAGGUCCAGUACGCACGCUCUGAAGCUUUGAGACUGCCCUACAGACCGUGCCCCGCAGAAGAGCUGAACGUAGUCAGACAAUUUAGGAGCAUUGAAACCCUUUUCCUCACGGAUAUCGACACCUCCGUGCUGCAAAGCCAGCAGCCUCGUCUAAGCAUCUUGGAUCUCCUCAUGCUCUUCCAAUGUAGAAUUGCACCCUUCGUAGAUCCGGUUUCUCCUCAGAGCACUUAACGUAGCUUUGGGUCCGGCUCAGAACGCCUCCUGGUGCGUGUUUUUUAUUUUUAUUUUUAUUUUAUUUUAUUUUGAUGUUCCCCCUUUUUUUAGGAAUGUAAAAUACUAGCUAGAUGGCUACUUUUAGUGACCAACUUGAAGGUGGUCUAUGAAGAGCUGGAGUGACUGCAGAAUGUCAGGACUUCCUCCUUCGGGGUUGUAUGUGCUUGUAUGUGCAUUUUGUUUUGUGGUAAUUUUUAAUUAUUUUUGUAAAUAAGUUCAUGAAUAAGGACUCUUUGGGGAAAGAAAAGACUCAUUACAGAGAUGUUAAUGGUUUUCCUUGCUUGUGUUCUUUGAGGGGGGAGGAAAUGAAUGUGGAGAUUGACAGACUGACAAGCCAACCGGCACCACCUGCCUCCUUCGUCCCGCCUCCAAGAAUGAUGAUAAAUUUAUAUAUCAAAUUUUUUUAAUUCAUUUUUUCUUCAGUAGUUGGAGAGUCCUGUGACUGGAUAUUGGGGGUAGGGGGGCAAUAAUAAUAAUGUUGCGGGAUUCCGUGUCCUGCAGUAGACUUACACAGACAUCUCAGAUGCUUCAAAUUGGCACCUGGCUCUGUUCACGGGUGUGUGUGUGUGCGGACUCAUCAUGAGGUCUGAGCUUGGGGUGAAGAGUCCAUCCUUUCAGGAACUUCUCUGGAGAUCAGAGCUGUGUUUGUCUGGGCUGGAUUUCCAGUUAGAGAAGGAUGGCAGAUUGUCUCCUUUUUGCCAACUAGUUUUACUUCUCCAGUAGCGCUGGCAUGAGAUUUCAAAGGUAGAAGAGAGAAUAAGCUAAAUAGAGAAAAAAAAUAUUUGCUUUUGGCAAAUUUUAAAAAGUCUGGUUUAUUUUAAUGUUUAUUUUUUUUGAAGUAGCUAAGACUAAAGUACGGAGAACGUGAAGGCUACGGCUGGGAAGGUCUUCGUUGGUCAUCACGGACAUCGGUGCCAUGAAUGAUGCCGCGGACGACGACAAAGCCACGAAAUAAAGAUGUGCUAAUUCCUUCUGAGAGUGAA